AGCCGGUGGGCCCGGGAAGGGAUGCCCUGUGAGCGCCUGCUGGCGGGGGCGGGGCGUGCGGGCGGGGGCGGGGCACGCCGCUUCGUGGGACCGGCCCUCGGCCACUGCCCCCUCCGGCCCCGCCCCGAGCUCCCGGGCUGGGCGGGCAGCGGCCCCGCGCGGCGGGGCUGGCAGCAACGGCUGCUCGCACUGUGCCCCGGCGCUCGCCUUCGCUGCAGCUCCCGGUGCUGCCGCCCGGGCCGGCCCCCCCGCGGGCCCUCCUCGCUAUGGCCGCGGCCUCCUCCCCGCCCAGGGCCGAGAGGAAGCGCUGGGGUUGGGGCCGCCUGCCAGGCGCCCGGCGGGGCAGCGCGGGCCUGGCCAAGAAGUGCCCCUUCUCGCUGGAGCUGGCGGAGGGCGGCCCCGCGGGCGGCGCGCUCUACGCGCCCAUCGCGCCAGGCGCCCCAGGGCCCGCGCCCCCUGCGUCCCCGGCCGCGUCCGCCGCACCCACAGUUCCCUCCGACCUUGGCCCGCGGCCGCCGGUGAGCCUAGACCCGCGCGUCUCCAUCUACAGCACUCGCCGCCCGCUGCUGGCGCGCACCCACGUCCAGGGCCGCGUCUACAACUUCCUCGAGCGUCCCACGGGCUGGAAAUGCUUCGUCUACCACUUCGCUGUCUUCCUCAUUGUCCUGGUCUGCCUCAUCUUCAGCGUGCUGUCCACCAUUGAGCAGUAUGCCGCCCUGGCUACAGGCACCCUCUUCUGGAUGGAGAUCGUGCUGGUGGUGUUCUUUGGGACGGAGUACAUGGUCCGCCUCUGGUCGGCCGGCUGCCGCAGCAAGUACGUGGGCCUCUGGGGGCGGCUGCGCUUUGCCCGGAAGCCCAUUUCCAUCAUCGACCUCAUCGUGGUCGUGGCCUCCAUGGUGGUCCUCUGCGUGGGCUCCAAGGGGCAGGUGUUUGCCACAUCAGCCAUCAGGGGCAUCCGCUUCCUCCAGAUCCUGAGGAUGCUGCAUGUCGACCGCCAGGGAGGCACCUGGAGGCUCCUGGGCUCUGUGGUCUUCAUCCACCGCCAGGAGCUGAUAACCACCCUGUACAUCGGCUUUCUGGGCCUCAUCUUCUCCUCAUACUUCGUGUACCUGGCUGAGAAGGACGCGGUGAACGAGUCGGGCCGCGUGGAGUUCGGCAGCUACGCAGACGCGCUGUGGUGGGGGGUGGUCACGGUCACCACCAUCGGCUACGGGGACAAGGUGCCCCAGACCUGGGUCGGGAAGACCAUCGCCUCCUGCUUCUCCGUCUUUGCCAUCUCCUUCUUUGCCCUCCCAGCGGGGAUCCUCGGCUCGGGGUUUGCCCUGAAGGUGCAGCAGAAGCAGAGGCAGAAGCACUUCAACCGGCAGAUCCCGGCGGCGGCCUCGCUCAUCCAGACUGCGUGGAGGUGCUACGCUGCUGAGAACCCCGACUCCUCCACCUGGAAGAUCUAUGUCCGGAAGCCCCCCCGGAGCCAUGCUCUGUUGUCACCCAGCCCCAAACCCAAGAAGUCUGUGGUGAUAAAGAAAAAAAAGUUCAAGCCGGACAAGGACAAUGGGGUGAGUCCCGGAGAGAAGACGCUCACAGUCCCCCAGAUCACGUGUGACCCCCCGGAAGAGCGGAGGCUGGACCACUUCUCUGUCGAUGGCUAUGACAGUUCCGUGAGGAAGAGCCCAACACUGCUGGAAGUGAGCAUGCCCCACUUCAUCAGAACCAAUAGCUUUGCCGAGGACCUGGACCUGGAAGGGGAGACACUGCUGACGCCCAUCACUCAUAUCUCACAGCUGCGGGAACACCACCGGGCCACCAUUAAGGUCAUUCGGCGCAUGCAGUACUUUGUGGCCAAGAAGAAAUUCCAGCAAGCUCGGAAGCCUUACGACGUGCGGGACGUCAUAGAGCAGUACUCGCAGGGCCACCUGAACCUCAUGGUGCGCAUCAAAGAGCUGCAGAGGAGGCUGGACCAGUCCAUCGGGAAGCCAUCGCUGUUCAUCGCCGUCUCAGAAAAGAGCAAGGAUCGUGGCAGCAACACAAUUGGCGCCCGCCUGAACCGGGUAGAAGACAAGGUGACGCAGCUGGACCAGAGGCUGGUACUCAUCACCGACAUGCUUCACCAGCUGCUGUCCUUGCACCGAGGCGGCCCCCCUGGUGGCAGCGGCCCCCCCAGAGAGAGUGGGGCCCACAUCACCCAGCCCUGCGGCAGUGGCAGCUCCAUCGACCCCGAGCUCUUUCUGCCCAGCAACGCCCUGCCCACCUAUGAGCAGCUGACCGUGCCCAGGAGGGGCCCUGAUGAGGGGUCCUGAUGGGGGGUUGGGGGUGGGCCUGAGAGGGGAAGCCAAGAGUGGCCACACCUGGCCCUCUCUGAAGGGGGCACCACCCGGCCAUGGCCGCCUCCUGAAAGGCCCAGAGAAGAGCCCCACUCUCAUAGGCCCCAAUACCCCGUGGGCCAUGCUGUCCGCACAGCCUGAGCCUGGGGACUCAGCAAAGUCACCUCUUCCUGGCCGGUGGGUACUAGAGGCUGGCUGGGUAUGAGAGGCCCCGUCUCAGGUCUGAGUUCUUAUCCCUAGUGCCCUGGCCCCCACAUGUGAUGUUGACAUCACUGGCGUAGUGGUUGGGACUCAUCGGCAGGGCACCAGGCCUGGCCCACAUAUGGCCAGGAAGUGGCACAAGCUGAGCGCAGACCCAGACUGCCGGGCCCAGAGGGCUUCCUGAGGGGAUGCAGAGCAACCCCUGGACCCCAGCCUCAAAUUCAGGACCCUGCCAGGCACAGGCAGGACAGGACCAGCCCUCGCUGACUACAGGGCCACCGGCAAUAAAAGCCCAGGGGCCCAUUCCGAGGUCCUGGGGCUGGCUCCCUCACUCUCAGGAAAUGCUGACCCCAUGGGCAGGGGACCGUGCAGGCUGUUCCUUAGCCCCCAGCUUCCGGCAGGAGGGACAGUCUCGCCAUCUCCCCAGGGCACGAGGCUGUGUGGGAAAUGCCCACUUCCCUCCCUGUGUUAGACUGGCAGCUCUUGCUGGCUGGAGAGGAGCCCCACCCCCAACCCCCGCCCCCAAGCCCGCUCUGCGCGAGGCUCCCACCUCCAACCCCUCACCCAGUCCUGCAGCCAGCCAAACACACAGAAGGGAACUGCCACAUCCCCUCGCCAGCUGCCGAGCCGCUGAAGAGUCGUGGCUUCUGCAGGGAGCAGGGGUUCCUUCUGGGCAUUACAUCGCAUAGAAAUCAAUAAUUUGUGGUGAUUUGGAUCUGUGUUUUAAUGAGUUUCACGGUGUGAUUUUGAUUCUUAAUUGUGCAAGCUUUUCCUAAUAAACGUGGAGAAUCACAGG